GGUGGCAAAACCUGUUUGAACAUGAGGUUACCUCCCUUUACACCUCCUCGUUAGAGGCAAGAGCAACAACAGCCGAGACAGAAAAGGGUAAAGAAGUGUUACGGACUGGGACAACCAGCUCCCUAGCAACAUUAAGUGUUUAAAAAAGACAGGAAUACCUGUGAAGAUGGAAACUAUACAGGAAGAAACAAGAAAGACAUUAGAUCUUGGGGUCAGGGAGAAUGCAGAAACAACAGAACCAACAGUAGCCCUGAGACUUGGGGAACUGGAACUGAAGGAAGAAUGGCAAGAUGAAGAAUUUCCUAGAUUGCUUUCUGAGGAGGUUGACCCUUCUGAAGAUUCUGAAGACCCUCAAAGACACUCACAGCCAGGUACCCCCAGCACUUUAGCCUUAUGUGGCCAUCGCCCCAUGCGUAAGCGACUUUCUGCCCCAGAGUUGCAGCUGAAUCUGACUGAGGGGCCUGGAAAUAAUGGAGCUUCUCCCACCUACUCUGCAUCUUCCUCUUCUGAUGGCAGUUCAGACCUGGAAGUAGAUGAAUUAGAGACACCUUCAGACUCGGAGCAGCUAGACAGUGGACAUGAAUUUGAAUGGGAAGAUGAAUUGCCCCAGGCAGAGGGUCUGGGGGCCAGUGAAGCAGCAGAAAGGCUGGGCCGGGGUUGUGUGUGGGAUGUGGCUGGAGAAGAUGGUCAUCGCUGGAGGGUGUUCCGAACAGGACAGUGGGAGCGACGAGUGGACAUGACCAUCAUUGAGCCCUAUAAGAAAGUCCUAUCUCAUGGAGGUUACCAUGGUGAUGGCCUUAAUGCUGUCAUCCUCUUUGCUUCCUGCUAUCUACCCCAAAGCAGCAUCCCCCACUACACCUAUGUCAUGGAACAUUUGUUUAGGUAUAUGGUAGGAACUCUGGAGCUGCUGGUAGCUGAAAAUUAUCUGCUUGUUCACUUGAGUGGAGGCACAACCAGGGCCCAAGUUCCACCUCUGAGCUGGAUACGCCAGUGUUAUCGUACCCUGGAUAGGCGGCUCCGGAAAAACCUGAAAGCCCUGGUGGUUGUCCAUGCCACAUGGUAUGUGAAGGCAUUUCUGGCACUGCUUCGGCCCUUCAUCAGUUCCAAGUUCACAAGAAAGAUUCGAUUUUUGGACAGCCUGGCGGAGCUGGCCCAACUGAUCUCCCUAGAUCAAGUCCACAUUCCUGAAGCUGUCAGACAGCUGGACCAGGAUCUCCAUGGCUCAGUACUGUAUAAAGCGUCUUAGAAACAAGACAGUGAUCCACCUACAUCCCAAUCCUGGAAACAUCUGUUUUGUAAAUCAUCUCGUCCUCAACUUCAGUACCAUUGAAUCUUCUCUGGGAUGCCAUCCUGAACAUGAACCUGCUUUCUGGGGGGCUUUGAGGUUGGGAACCUGAACUGUUGGGUGCCUUUCAACUCAUCUGUGGUUUGGAAGGCUGAGUGUCUAGCGGUAUUGGAAGUGCAGAGCUCUGGGUUUUAAUCUUCUUUAGCUGUAGAAUCUUGGGCAAAUAUUGUCUCUUUGGGUCUCAUUUUCCUCUUCCAUAAGUAAAGGACUCAAUCUUUUUCACCUUG